AAAUAGUUAUAAUAAUAGUAAACAAAAUGCUUUUAAAAUUGAUAUUAUUGAUCACAAUUUACAUUAAUUUUACUAUUAGUGCAAUAAAUGGUGAAUCAAAUGAUACUAUUUUCAAACGAGCCGUUAAUCGCACAUACAUUGGCUUUGAAAAAGAGAAGAACCGGGAAUGGCGUCAAUCGUAUCAUUUCAUUCAGGGGGCGGACACCCAGUUUGGUAUGAUUGAGACAUUUUUGAAAAACAAAACCGACGGCAAAUGGGAUGAAGAGAUACAAUUGACCGAAGAAGCUAUCCGUCAGUGGAAUUCAAUGAAACCAAAACCCAAAUUUGUGGUCAUUUGUGGCGAUCUGGUCGACGACUUUCCCGGUCAUGAGCCUCGAAGACAGCAACAGUUAGACGACUUUAAGCGUGCUUUUGAAAAGCUGGACAGAGAUAUACCGUUAGUGUUGUUGGGCGGUAAUCAUGACUUCUUGAAUACGCCAACACACGAGUCGAUUGCUGCCUACAAGACUAACUUCGGUGACGACUAUUUUACAUUUUGGGUGGACGGCUGUAUGUUUAUUGUAAUCAAUGUCCAGUACUAUAAAGAUCAUCAAUUAGUUGAAGACUUGUACGCCGAACACGACCAGUGGCUGACCAAACAGUUAGCCGAAGCAAAGGCCGGCAAUUAUAAACACGUAAUUGUCUUUCAACAUAUACCGUGGUUUUUGAACAAUAUUGACGAACCGUUAGAUGAAAUGUUUAACAUUGAGAUAACUGUGCGAAAGAAAAUGAUCCAAAAGUUUGUUGAUGCCGGCGUUCGGGCCAUAUUUGCCGGCCAUUAUCAUCGUAAUGCCGGCGGACGCUAUGAAGACCUGGAAUUAGUGGUGACGUCGGCUAUCGGCGCCCAAUCGCCGACCGGACGCAAUGCCAACAGCGGCUAUCGGGUGGUGACUGUCAAUGAGUCUGAUGUCAGUCACGAGUAUAUAGAUAUCUAUAAGAGUGACACAAAAUCAAUGUUUGAAUUUAAUUUGUUUCGUUUGCUGACAUUGAUUGUCAUCGCUUUCAUUAUUAAGAAGUUAGUUAUGAAUUAGUUUAUAUUUGUGUUAAAUAUUAGUUUCUUUAAUU